AUGGUUUUGGAAAAUAAGUCUACUUGCGACGUGCUCCCCUUCUCCGAUACAGGUGCCAAGAAAGUCGACGGCUGUUGGCACAAGAAGUCAUUUGACAAGGCUGUUGUUCUUAUUAUCGACGCUCUGAGAUAUGAUUUCACAGUCCCGGUCAAGCCGACUGUGGAUGUUGGAUCGGAUCCUCUAUUCUAUAACAACAUUCCCGUCCUCUAUGAGACAGCUGUGAACACACCAGAAAAUGCAUUUUUGCUUCCUUUCAUCGCAGACCCGCCAACAACCACCCUACAGCGGCUGAAAGGACUGACAACCGGGACGCUACCUACUUUCGUUGAUGCUGGCUCAAACUUUGCUGGGACAGCCAUUGACGAGGAUAACAUAGUUGCUCAACUUCGCGCCGCAGGAAAAACUCUGGUGCAAUUGGGUGAUAAUACGUGGCAAUCGCUCUUCCCAGACUACUUCGAUGCGAAUUUGACACGCCCCUAUGAUUCAUUCAAUGUUUGGGACCUGCAUACUGUCGAUAAUGGUGUGACGGAGCAUCUCCUCCCUCUUCUUCAUCCUGCAAAUUCCACUAAGUGGGACGUCGUCUUCGGACACUAUCUCGGUGUUGAUCAUGCGGGCCACCGAUACGGACCCAACCACCCAGCAAUGGCGGCGAAGCUUCAACAGAUGGACCGACUGAUUCGUGAUGUAAUUGCAAAAUUGGACGACAAGACGCUUUUGGUAGUUAUGGGGGAUCACGGCAUGGAUGCAAAGGGCGACCAUGGCGGCGAAUCGGACGAUGAGGUGAAUGCCGCUUUAUGGAUGUAUUCCAAGAAAGGCGUGUUCGGACGUACAAGCGCAGAUACUGUCAAGCCGCCCGCUCAAGCCAGCGACCGAUUCGUUCCACAGGUGGAUCUUGUGCCUACCCUGUCACUUCUUCUUGGAAUACCUAUUCCUUUCAAUAAUCUUGGCUCGCCUAUCGAGGAAGCAUUUGUUGGGCCUAAUGGCAACAACUGGAAAAACCUUGUGACAGUGAACCGUUUGGCUUCGGCUCAGAUCAAACGCUACCAAGAGGAGUAUGCAAAAGUACGCGGGGCGGAGGAUGGCAAUAGCCUUCAGUCUAUUGAGUUGUGGGAUGCAGCCGAGAAUGACUGGCAGAAUAUUCCCUGGGUGGGGAAAUCUAACCCUUCAACCCUGCGUCCUGUGUACGACGCAUACAAGCAAUACCAGCGGAAGACCCUUCAAGUCUGCCGCGGGCUAUGGGCAAACUUUGACGGAUGGAGCAUGGCUCAGGGUAUCGCCGUGCUCUUUGCCGCAAUUGUCUUGCUGGUUUUCUAUGCGCGAGGUCUCAGAACAGAGCAGACAGAGCUUACAAAUGCCCUACUUGCUGCUGUUGGACCAGGCGCUGGAUUGGGUGCUACUGCUGGUGCUUUGGCUGGGCUUCUCGGCGUGGUAGCUGGUUCGCUGGUUGAAGUAUCGGUCUUGCUUGCUGCCACAGGAAGCAUUCUCAGCGCAUCGUGGACGAUGUUCUCCGUCCCUAAGCAAAUAAAACUACCUCUUCCCAAGACAUUGUGGGGUUGGCUGGCUGUCAUCUUCACCGUUGCACAAUCAGUCGGCUUCGCUUCCAAUUCUUAUACUAUUUGGGAAGAUGAAAUACUUUUAUUCUUCCUCUCAACUUUUGGUGUCCUUGCCGGAGUAUCUUCGAUGCGUCAGAAGCUCACCGCUGACCGGGUCUUGGGUGUCUACCAUUCUGUUCUCUUUGUCAUCCUGGGAAGAGUGGCAGCUAUGUCUCGCCUGUGUCGUGAGGAGCAAAUGCCAUUCUGUCGUUCAACGUACUACUCCUCGGCAACGUCUUCGACCUCCGCCCCGUGGCAACUUGUCAUUCCUCUGAUUUUGGCGCUUGUUCUCCCUACCGUUGUGAAAUCCUUCUAUGCGGGGUCAAAGUCAUAUGAGGGUGCUGCUCCUCUCUGGAUCGGGUCUGCGUUCCGACUGGGGCUGUUCUUGGUCGCUGUCUUUUGGAUACUUGAGGGUGCUGAUGACGGCGAGUGGUUGCCCUUAAGCAAGGAAACACUGAAGUCAAGCCGGGUCUUUCUGGCCCAGGUUGUCUUAGCCUUGGCUUUUGCUGCGGGGACGACGGCUUUCAUCUACUCGAAGCCAUGUAUCAACAUCAGCGUUAGCCAGGGCAACAAUGAGCCUGAAACGAAAGCCAAGCCAUCCUCUUUCUCAUCUAUGGGAAGAACGACGGUCACAAUUUUGGGUUUUGGUAAUGUCUACGGGACGCGGUACUUCCUUCUGGUCGUCAACUUCUGCCUUGGCAUCAUUCUUAUGCAGAAGCCCAUGGGCCAGGGAGCGAUGGGAUUAUUGCUCUGGCAAAUCCUAUCCUUGCUCGAGAUCCUUGACACCAACGCCCUGGUGACAAGCAAUUCGGCUAUCGGACCGAUCGUACUGGGUGUUCUCGGCUCCUUCUACUACUUCAAGACGGGCCACCAGGCCACGUUGAGCAGUAUCCAGUGGGAGUCAGCUUUUAUUCCCCUGUCCUCGGUGCAGUACCCCUGGUCUCCGAUCCUUGUCAUUCUCAACACCUUCGGCCCCCAGAUCCUCACUGCGAUCGCCGUCCCCCUCACCGUCCUUUGGAAGCGGCCUCUGCAGCUGAGCGACGAAGCCACAUCGACCAGCAAGGCAAACAAUCCUGCGAUUCGAAUCCUCUCCGACACCAUUCAGGCGGCGAGCACCUACAUCCUAUAUUUCGCGACCAUCAACUUGGCAACAACGAUGUGGGCCGGCCAUCUGCGGCGCCACCUCAUGCUGUAUCGGAUCUUCAAUCCCCGCUUCAUGAUGGGCGCAGCUGUGCUGGCUGUUGUUGACAUUGUUCUGAUCUUGUUCUCCGUGGCUGGUGUCCGGUGGAGCAUCGUCAGCGUUGGCGAUAUCUUUGGGUGGUAA